CCCUGGUCGCCUUCUUCUUUUGUCAAGUUGACUGUCUGUUUCUUUUUCAGUUGCAUAAUCACAGGUCUAAGCCUCGUGGUUUGCCAGCCCCCAUGCUCCUCGACUGGGGGCUCGCAGCUCGCAUCACAUCACAGACAAGGCCGCGAUAUCAACGUCACGUCACCUUGCAAGCAUUGCCCAUGCACACUCCCAGCAAAAUAUACAAUUCUCACAGUGUCCCAUGCCUCUUUUCUUUACAAAACCAGAGACCGUCGGCCCGAUCCGGCCCCACUAUCCACGCCGGCGCUGGCCCAGCUUGGGAAAGCCUUGCUGCAUGCUGCUGUCGAUGGGCGCUGGCUGCUGCUGCUGCGGCGCUCGGUCCCCCUCCCUCUGCCCGUCGGCCAACAAGCACAAAUGCGGUGUCGUGUCUUGAGCAGCUGCAUGGUUACCAGUAAGCAAGCGUAAUAGCAUGCGAGCUACGGAAAAAUAAUAAUUUAGCCUCACAGUGAACAAAAAGACAGGCCGCUGAACCUAGUGUCACAAAUGAUAAGAGAGGCAGAGCGCCAAUGUCUGAAUCAACAUCACCAUCACCACACAUCUAGCACCACGACAUGUUUCUCCCCAAAACAAUGCACCGUGGCCCAUCUCUGCAUAAAUAAUAGCGGGUUAUUUUGCUCUCCUUCGCCACAGCCAACACCAAGAUGCAAUCUCCACGGCCGCUCCUCAUUGGCCGGUGUUUUUAGAAUCACCCCAAAAGUGCCCGGGGCGCUGCGCCAAAAAGCCCGUGCGCAGCCCGCUCACAGCCUCGACCUGGGUGUCUUCUUCAAGGCUGCUCUACAGUCUGCAGCAGUACCUACUGUACCUAGCAAGCAGGCUCUGGUGACCGGGUCGGAGCGUUGGCGCACGGAACGAAGCUCGCAAUGGGCUUGGACUGGGGUCCGAGUUUAGCUAAAGAGGCUGGCAUGCGCUGCCAAAUCGAGAAGAGCCUUCUUCUCCUCUUGGAUCUUGCUUCCUCAUUCAGCAUACAUACUACUUCGAUUGUUUUUUCAAUUCUCAUCUUCUUUUUCGCGUGUAGCAUCUGCGGCCGUUAGGUCAGCCUCAAUUCAUCACCAUGGCAUCAACAACACCUUCACCAAAGGAAAAAUUCGGCAUCAAGUGCCUCGAAGGCUCAAAGUUCUACGUCGUAGACUUCGAUAAGCCCAACCAUUUCCUGGGGUGCUGCCGAACCGACCCUCGCAAACGAGACGAUGGCCAGUGUCCAGAUGACGACCUGGACCAAAUGUCCUUUGACCCAAAGGCACCUGCUGCCGACGACAUCCCCGCCCAAAAGUGCUCUUCGAGAAGUGAUGACAAGGAAGUCAAGUGGUUUACUUGUUCGGAGAAGGGUCAUUUCAUGGGCUGCUGUGCAGAGGAUGCCUGCUCGUCCGGUUUGUGUCCUGCACGUUCGUUGCGGCAAGCUGUUCUUAGCGAUGACAUGAAGAACGCUUCUGCUUUUAUUGUCCCCAAGGCCGAUACCUUGGCAGUCGCGCCUACUACAACCGCCGCUGCAUCACAGCCGACAGUAACAAUGGCCGGUGUGAAAGACGGACCAAGUGAAAGCUCUGGAGGCCUUCCACGCGCUGCUGUAGCUGGUAUUGGCCUCGGCACUGCUGGCCUAGUCCUUAUCAUUGCAGUCCUCAUUUACUGGCUUGUUCGAAAGCGCAGGGCUGCCAAGGCUCGCAAGGCACUCGCUCGCACUCUGCUUGAUGGCGAUGCUCCUCGCAAGCUGCACUCAGAGAAGAGCAACGGUGUCCCCUCGUUCCAUGCGCCUCUUACACUCCCCAAGGACAUCCAAUCCAGCCUCCAGAUGCCGGGCGACUCGCCAUACGACUCUCGUGCCCGAAGAGGCACCGCCUAUCACAGCCAGACCCAGAGCUUUGCCGAGUCCGAAGACACCUUUGUUGGCAGCCCUGCUCCUCAGUACUCCUCGCCGCAAGUGCCCAGAUAUAGUAUGGAAAAGGCUCCUCUUUCUGUUGCGCCAGUCCCUCCAUUUAUGCAGAAUCCUGCAGCACAGAACCAGCCACCUACAACACCUACGUCACUCAUCCCCGGCAUGGUCUUGCCCAACGGUCCCUUGCCGCCAAGCACCAUGCAGCAGAGCAUCGCACAGCAGAACAUCCCCCAGCAGCAGCACCAGCAGAACCCAGUUCCUGUAUUUAGACAGCCAGCAUCGUAUCCGCUUCCUAUGAUGCAGCAAGCCCCGGUUCAGCAGCAGCAGCAGUCUGCAAAUCUCGAAAACGUACCACGUCCGCCUCACCACCUUCACCCGCAGAACCGCAUGCAUCCCCAAGGAUACGCCCGCCUUCCUCCCAAUGGACAGGGUCCUCCCCAGGCAUGCGGCAAUCCCAACCAACAGCAGAGAUUCUGCAACGCCCGUCCACAGCAGCAAAAGCCACUAUCGCCUGAACUCCCCAUCGUCCGCCGCCACAGCAGCUUGGCUUUCAACCCCAAGGCACUGCGCUUCUCACCUAGUGGAAGACUCAAGGCCGCGGUGAGCGAGAGACUGGAAAAGCACCGCGAGGCCGACAGACAGAAAGAGUACGAGAAACUGCAGGCCAGCGAGCAGCAAAAUGGUCCACCUACGCCGGGCCCAUCGACGGCUUAUUACAGCGACUUGCGCAGCCCUCGCAACAUGCCCAUGGAAGGCAUCAUUGAGGACUCUGAAUCCAUCAUGACAUAUAACAGUCGAGAACCUACGCACUGGGAGGCCGUGGAGAGACGAUGAUUUUUGUAUAUUACGCAUGGCAUGUAAUUUUCUUUGUGUUUUGUUUUACUACACGGAAAGUGUAUCGGCGUUGUUGGAAUACCACAGAAGCAAUACAGUACAGUACAUUAGCAUUUCUUCACAUCCAUGUCCUAUUUCAAACCAAAUUUAAACCGCUCUAGCACAAUCUCUUGGCAUUCUCUUACAUGUUUUGCCACGCGCUUGACGCAUUGACGUCCAGUUUCAUUAGUGGCGUUCUGCGCUUAGGCUCUAGUGUGAGAGCGACAGGGUAGUGGGCACGGUCAGUGCGCAGUGGGUGUGGUGAACAGACUAGCGGGAUUUUAGGGUCAUUGAAAAAAAGGCUACAAACGGUGAUGUAUGUAUUUGCUUGCUUGCAAUGUAGUGAAGCAGCUUGGAUGAGUUAUUUUAGUCUUGUUGCGCUUUUGGGGCGUCGGUGGCUGUUUGAGUUUCGAUGGCGAUAAUAUCCGGCCGAGGUCAGUGAAUUAGCCGGUGAUGAGGACAGUGAGCACGCGUACCAUGUUCGAUCUGAGGCUGUUGAAUCAUUUUAUCCAAGAGUGCUAAUGGAAGAAUGAAGAGCAGAAGAAUUUACAUUUCGAUGAGAUUUUGUAGUAUUUGGGGGGAAUAUGGC